CGGACGUGUUACUAGCUACUGUAUACUGACCCCGGGAUGUCCUUCCCUCACCUUAUUGGAUACAGUGUGCUUACCCUUGCAGUAUGGAAGCUCGUUCAGAGGCAGGCCUCUAGAAAGGCAAACGCCCUAGAUGUUGCAGGUCCAGAAAAUGAGCACUGGUGGAAAGGCAACAUGGAAUCAGUAUUCGUGGACAGUUUCGAGCGCUGCUUAAAGAUUGCAGCAGACUAUGGUGGGGCCAUCAAAAUACAUGCUUUGUUUGGCGAUGAAUGGCUGUUUGUAUCGGAUCCACGUGCGCUCCAUCAUAUCCUUGUCAAGGAGCCGCAUAUCUUUGAAGAAGUUGAUGACUUUAUAUUGUCCAACAAGCUCGUCUUCGGCGAUGGUCUUAUUUCUACGCUAGGGGAACAGCACCGAAAGCAACGCAAAAUGCUCAAUCCAGUGUUUUCCCUCUCUAAUAUGCGGGAGCUUUUGCCCAUUAUUCAAACCGUCUCCCAUCAGCUAAAAUCCAUCCUCGUGUCUAAUCUUGCUACCCACCAUCCAGUAGAACUCGACGUGUUGCCUUGGCUCUCUCGCAGUUCUCUGGAUUGCAUUUGUGAGGGCAUGCUGGGCUACCAUUCAGCUGCAUUAGACACAGGAAAUGAGAAUGAAUACACAGAGGCACUGCGGAUGCUAGGUCCAUCUAUCAGUAAAACCAUGAUUUUUCGAUCCAUCGUUCCGGUAGUUAUGCGCAAUUUCUCUCUUUACUGGUGCAAAAAGAUAGCAGACUGGCUCACGAUAAGUUGGUUGCCGACGCAGACAAUGAGGGAUCUUAGAGAACUACGCCGUGUAGCUGAAACCAUGGACUCAGGCAGUAGAAAGAUCCUUCAAGAGAAGAAGGCUGCAUUGGCGAUGUCCUCCUCCAUGCCCUCACAGUCCCAUGACACGUCAGGAGGAACGAGGGGAAAAGAUAUCAUGUCUAUCAUGCUCAAAGCAAAUGCCUCAUCUGCCGAAGGGGAUAGGCUGAGUGACGCUGAGCUCCUUGGACAGAUGAAAUCAGUCAUGAUGGCUUCCCUUGUUAUGAUUUUUGCUGGUCUCGAGACAACAACGGCAGCAGUGGCCCGUGCAUUGUACAUGCUCGCCAAGCAUCCUCAUGUCCAGCAGUAG